AUGGCGUCUUGGGCCGCUGUCAGCCUAGGCAGAGUUCCUGCCCGGUGCUUGUGGGCGCAAGGCCCCGGUGUCCGGGUGGCUCUUCCGUCCACCCUCGCGGCCUCCCAGCCUGAGCCCACGGGCUGCAACCCCGCUCCGGGCAGGACGCUGCACCUCAGCGCGGCGGUCCCCGCAGGGCACAACAAGUGGUCCAAAGUCCGGCAUAUCAAGGGUCCCAAGGACGCCGAAAGGAGUCGCAUCUUCUCCAAGCUCUGUUUGAGCAUCCGCCUGGCGGUUAAAGAAGGAGGCCCCAACCCUGAACUCAACAGCAGUCUGGCCAACAUCUUAGAGGUGUGUCGCAGCAAGCACAUGCCCAAGUCAACGAUUGAGGCAUCACUGAAAAUGGGGAAAACCAAGGAUGUUUAUUUGCUGUAUGAGGGCCGAGGCCCUGGUGGCUCUUCCCUGCUCAUUGAGGCAUUAUCCAACAGUGGCUCCAAGUGCCAUUCAGACAUCAGACAUAUCCUGAACAAGAACGGGGGAAUGAUGGCUGAUGGAGCUCGCCACUCCUUUGACAAAAAGGGGGUGAUCGUGGUUGGAGUGGAGGACCGAGAGAAGAAAGCCGUGAACCUAGAGCGUGCCCUGGAGAUGGCAAUUGAAGCAGGAGCUGAAGAUGUCAAGGAAACUGAAGACGAAGAGGAAAAGAACAUUUUUAAAUUUAUUUGUGAUGCCUCUUCACUGCAUCAAGUGAGGAAGAAGCUGGACUCGCUGGGCUUGUGUUCUGUGUCCUGUUCGCUAGAAUUCAUCCCCAACACAAAGGUGCGGCUCGCUGACCCCGACCUGGAGCAGGCUGCCCUUCUCAUCCAGGCUCUUGGCAACCACGAAGAUGUGAUCCAGGUCUAUGACAACAUUGAGUAA